AAGGCUGAUUUGGGAAUGGAAAUGCGCACAUCCCGUGUACCCGGCACACACAAACAUCCCUCUCUCCAGCCUCCAUCGUGCACUGCCGCGCACACAGCAAACAUUACAUAGAUCGUGUCCGCCACACUCGUGCGCCUGUCACGCACACCUUGAGGGUGGGGGGGGGGACUGCCUCUCGGGACAUCUGCUGGACCAUGCGGACGGUGCGGACGUUGGCGUGGCUGGACGUGCGGAUGGUGAUGUGGCUGGCGUGCGCCCUGUUGGGCUGGAUUGGCGAGGCCCACGGAUGGGCCUUCAGAGAUGACGUGUGGCAUAACUCCGUGUUGCUGGAGGAGGCAGCGGGCGUCUUCCACAUCCACUCCCGGCAUGGCCGCUAUCUCCUCUCCCUGCGGGAGGCCCGCGCCAUCUGCGCCUACGAGGGCGGGGCCCUGGCCACCAUCGCGCAACUGCGGGAGGCUCAACGCGCUGGCCUGCACAACUGUGUGGCCGGCUGGCUGGCCGACGCGCGGGUCGCCUACCCCGUCACCAAGGCGAGCCAAAAGUGCAGUAACGGCAUAGUUGGCGUCGUAGACUACGGCGUGCGACUCAACCGCUCAGAGCGCUGGGACGCCUACUGCUACAGGAGGAAAGUGGGGACGUGCGGAGGCAGGCACAUGGAGACGGCGCUGAACCUCAGCUCGCCAGACUACCCGGGCUACGCGGCGCUCAGGAGCUGCGUGUGGACCAUACGCGUACCGGUCAGCAAGCGUGUCCGCCUCUCCUUCCUGGACUUCGACCUUGAGCGAGACAAAGGGUGUCUCGCCGACUUCUUGGAGGUCUAUGACAGCUACGAGGACGUGUCCGGACUCAUCGACAGAUUCUGUGGAGAUGAUCUUCCUCCUGUAAUAGUGAGCACAACUAACAUGAUGACGCUGAAGUUCCACUCGGACGCGUCAGUGGGCGGCCGGGGGUUCCUGGCUUACUACGAAGCUGUGGACCCGCCAACGACCGUCAGCAGCCUCCAGGACUCCCGUGUUGACCCCCCUGCUCUUCCCACCAAUGCGACCGCCGUCAACCCCUCUGCAUUCCCGCACCUGUAACAUCGUGGCCACUUGCGCGAGAAGCUCUGCGUGUCUUUGGCCGACUGCAAUCGGGAAUUUAUUUCAGCCAUUGAGCUAAUAAGCGGCUCCUUUUUAAAAAUAUAACGACCACAGUCCAAGACCGUCGGCAGUGGCGGCAGCUAUGGUGCAUUGCAGCGUGGGAAUGUUUAAACUAACCACAGCAAAACAACAAUUGUUUUAUACAAAAUCCAUGCCAAAACUUGUGAACAGGAUAAUUAACACGUAAAAAACGGUGUAAAAAAUAAUUUCAUACGUAUGCUAGUAAAUCACAUUUUUUCGACGGAGCUUAGUUAUACCAUUCACACUUGUGACAGACGUAAUUCUGCAGGACGGGCUUAACAUGGUACAGAAGGAAAAUUUGGAAUAUUAAUAUCGGUUGAGGAAAUUCCAAAAUUUAAAUGCUGUGCAAGAGCAGGCCUUGGACCCCAGUGGGAGUUCUUGAUCAAAAAAAUAAUCAGCAGUCAAAAAGGUCCAUACAAGGAUUCUUAGAUUUUUUAAACUAAGAAUAUAAAAUUUUGAUUUAAAGCUUUCAUGACUGCAGGGAUUCAUAUUCUUAGUUCUUUCGGUAAAGUCAUGUAGAAGGGAAACAAUAAAAUAAUAAAAAU